AUGGAUGAUAGAGGAGGAGGAUCGUUUGUGGCGGUGAGGCGAAUUUCGCAAGGUCUUGAUCGAGGGAACACUUGCCAUUCUACUUCUGUGGAGGUUGUGGCAGGAUCAGCAGCAUGGUUAGGCAGAAGCCUUUCAUGUGUUUGUGCUCAAAGAAGAGAGAGUGAUGCUCGCCCAUCAUUUGAUUUGACCAUUUUGCAGGAGGACUGCCUACAGAGGCUACAGAAUCGAAUAGAUGUUAACUACGACAGUUCUCUUCCUGAACAUCAGGAAGCACUGAGGGCACUGUGGAAUGCAGCCUUUCCCGAGGAGGAACUCCGAGGUUUAAUAUCUGAGCAGUGGAAGGAAAUGGGUUGGCAGGGAAAGGAUCCAUCUACAGACUUCCGGGGCGGUGGUUUCAUAUCUCUAGAAAAUUUAUUAUACUUCUCAAGAAAUUUCCCAAAAUCUUUUCAGGAUCUUCUUCGAAAGCAGGAAGGUGAUCGAGCAUUAUGGGAAUACCCAUUUGCUGUAGCUGGGGUCAACAUCACAUUUAUGCUUAUUCAGAUGCUUGAUCUUGAAGCAGUGAAGCCUCGAAUGUUGGUAGGAGCAACCUUCUUGAAAUUUCUUGCAGAGAAUGAAUCAGCAUUUGACCUUCUAUAUUGCAUCACAUUCAAGCUAAUGGACCAACAGUGGCUAGCCAUGCAUGCUUCUUACAUGGACUUCAAUACUGUGAUGAAAGCUACUCGUCAUCAACUGGAAACAGAGCUUCUGCAAGAAGACGUUACAUGCCUUGAAGACUUGCCCUCAUACAGUCUUCUUAGUUGA